AUAUUAAUUAUACGUAUUUUUAAAUUUAAUCUUAACUAAUAUGCCAAUUAAAAAAGCAAGAACUUUAUAAAUCCAUAAUCCAGAAAACUUCCAAACCUAGUUCAGGUCCCUCCCACGUCACCGAUCCGCGUAAAACCAUAUUAAUAAACCACAACCGUUGGAUGUAAGCCGAAAGUUAGCCAUCCCCAGCCGUUGGAUCAUAGCCCCUAUCCUCCUUCCUCUCCUCUUUCUUUAAUUUGAUCCCAGAGCCUUCCCCUUUUAAAUCCAAUCCUUCUCCUCGCACUCUCUCUUCACAUCAACAAGAGCAGCAUUUUCCACUCCCUCUUUUUCUUUCCUUUUCCCUCGGACAUAAGAAAAGAAAAAACAGCUUCAAAUUGUAAUGGCGACUGAAGAAACUAUUGACACUCAAGGCCCUCCCCCUUCUCAACAAGCUUCUCUUCCAGACUACCCUCAGUUGAUUUUGGAAGCUAUAGAGGCAUUGAACGAGAAAGCAGGGUCGAAUAAGUCGGCAAUCUCGAAGCACAUCGAGUCGACUCACUCAGAUCUUCCAGCGGCUCACUCGACUCUUCUUUCUCACCACCUCAACAAGAUGAAACAAAGCGGCCAAAUUGUUAUGUUGAAGAAUAAUUACUUGAAACCCGACCCCAAUGCUCCACCCAAGCGUGGACGUGGACGUCCACCUAAGCCCAAGGUUCCUAUUCCACCAGGCACCGUCGUCUCCCCACCUAGGCCUCGUGGUCGGCCGCCUAAACCCAAAGAUCCAUUUGCUCCCCCUAAGCCUAAAUCUACCCCCGGCUCUGGAAGGCCACGUGGACGCCCCCCCAAGAAGGCUAAGACUGCAACCGCAGCUGUUCCUCCUCCUCCUGGCGUUAAGCGAGGUCGCGGUCGACCGCCGAAAGCGUAACCGUCGGUAGCUUUUUCAAGUAGCGAAGCUUAAAGAAAGAGAAAAGAACAACUUAGCUAGUUUUUUUUUUUUUUAGGUGUGGUUUAGUCCUCUACUAAUUGAUGUUUUAUCUUUUUAAUUUUAAUUAUUUUUGGGUGGUUUGAAAUUGAUGUGGGAAAAGUGUUGUAAUGCUUUUAGGGAGGGAUUUAGAUUUUAGAGUGACUCUUUGUGACUUGCAUGUAAAUUUCCGGUUAUGUAGUCUUUUGAGCCAUAUGGCCUCUUUCUCUUUAUGACUUUCCCAUCAUUUUAAUAGAUUAAGCUUUUUUUUUUUAUUUUACGAUUUUUUUAGAGCAUGCUUCAAAUUAGAGGUGUAAAUAAAUAAAAUAUA